AUGUCUGCAACACAGUUGCUGAACCCGAAGGCGGAGUCCAGGCGGAGGGGAGAAGCAUUAAAAGUUAAUAUCAGCGCCGGUGAAGGCCUUCAAGAUGUCCUCAAGUCCAAUUUAGGACCUUCUGGCACCAUUAAAAUGCUUGUUGAUGGUGCGGGAUCGAUUAAGCUUACGAAAGAUGGAAAUGUGUUGUUGCGAGAAAUGCAAAUUCAAAAUCCUACCGCGGUGAUGAUUGCCAGAGCUGCAACAGCACAAGAUGAUAUCACUGGUGAUGGAACUACGUCUGUGGUUCUCCUUGUUGGAGAAUUACUUAAACAGGCUAAUCGGCAUAUCUCUGAGGGCCUACAUCCUAGAGUCAUCACUGAUGGAUAUGAAAUUGCGAAGGAUGAAGCACUAAAGUUUCUGGAGACAUUUAAGCUUAAGCGAAAUAUCGACAGAGAACUACUACUAUCGGUAGCACGAACCUCUCUUGCGACGAAGUUGAACCGCACUCUCGCAGAAAAAUUAACGCCUGCCAUUGUUGAUGCCGUUCUUGCGAUUUACAAGGCCCCAACAAAACCAGAUUUGCACAUGAUUGAAAUUAUGAAGAUGCAGCAUCGCACUGCCUCGGAUACCAAGCUUAUUCGAGGUCUCGCCUUGGACCAUGGAGCCCGUCAUCCUGACAUGCCAAAACGAGUAGAGAACGCUUUUAUUCUUACUCUCAAUGUGAGUCUUGAAUAUGAAAAGUCCGAGAUUAACUCCGGGUUCUUCUAUUCGACUGCAGAACAGAGGGAUAAACUUGUGGAGAGUGAACGUAAAUUUGUUGAUGCUAAACUGAAGAAGAUUGUGGACUUGAAGAAGGAGGUUUGUGGAAAUGAUCCGAAGAAGUCAUUUGUUGUCAUUAAUCAGAAGGGUAUCGACCCCCUGAGUUUGGAUGUCCUCGUGAAGAAUGGCAUACUCGCCCUGCGCCGAGCAAAGAGGAGAAACAUGGAACGAUUGCAACUAGUAUGUGGUGGCACUGCUCAAAAUAGCGUUGAUGACCUCUCACCCGACGUACUUGGUUGGGCUGGCCUUGUUUACGAGCAUGAACUUGGUGAGGAGAAAUAUACCUUUAUCGAAGAGGUUAAAGACCCCAAGUCGGUGACUCUUCUUAUAAAAGGACCCAACCAACACACAAUCACCCAAAUUACGGAAGCGACCCGUGACGGUCUCCGUUCUGUCUACAACACUAUUGUUGAUGGAGCUGUCGUUCCAGGAGCAGGCUCUUUCCAGAUUGCCUGUGCGGAACAUCUCAAGUCCGCAGAAUUCCGCAAGACCGUCAAGGGUAAAUCUAAGUUUGGUGUGGACGCCUUUUUGGAGUCACUACUCAUCAUCCCGAAGACCUUGGCCGCCAACUCUGGCCAUGACAUUCAGGAAUCUAUCGCGGUCCUGCAAGACGAACAUUCUGAAGGAAACAUUGCUGGUCUGGAUCUUGUAACUGGAAAUCCAAUGGACCCCGUUCAGGAGGGUGUUUUCGAUUCAUUCAGGGUACUGAGGAACUGCAUUGCAUCCAGUGCCGGCAUUGCCUCCAAUUUGCUUCUCUGCGACGAGCUGCUGAAGGCCAGACAGAUGGGUAAACAAGGUGGCCCACAGGGAAUGGAAGAGUAA